AUGUGGCGACUGUACAGGUGCCUCCUCAUCCUGAUGCUGAUGAUGAAUUGCUCAGCGCUGACAGCAUUCGAAUGUAGCCCCAACCAGCUGAAGUGUGCAAAUGGCCGUUGUGUCGCCCUUAGGUGGGUGUGUGACAACUUUAAUGACUGUGGCGAUGGAACUGAUGAACUGCCUGAAAACUGCGACUCCAGAAAGUGUCUGGACACAGAGUUUGAUUGUGGUGCCCCCCACAAUCAGUGUGUGCCUAAAAGCUGGCACUGCGAUGGCACAGCGGACUGUUUAAAUGGCACUGAUGAAGAAAACUGCAUGGCAAAGGAGUGUGCACCUGGCCAGUUUCGCUGUAAAACGGGUCAUUGCAUCUCCAAGUUGUGGGUGUGUGACAACAUGAAAGACUGCCCGGACGGCUCCGACGAGGCCACCUGCCCGAAACCGACCUGCAGCCCCCAGCAAUUCCAGUGCAGAAACAACUCCAUGUGCGUGUCCUAUAGCUCGCGCUGCGACGGUGAGUUGGACUGCUCAGACGGCUCUGACGAGUCGACCGAGACCUGUGGGGAAAACCACCUGAAGCCCUGUAGAGCAGAUCAGUUCCAGUGCGCUAAUGGCCAGUGCAUUUACGGGACGUGGCGCUGUGAUGGUGACACGGACUGCAAUGAUAAAUCGGAUGAAGACAGUUGCUCUCACCCUACUUGUCGCCCAGACGAGUUCCAGUGUGGUAAUGGCACAUGUAUCCAUGGCAGCCAUCAGUGCGACAAAGUGCACGACUGCGCUGACUCCAGUGAUGAGAUGGACUGCCAAACAGAAAACGCAUGCGAUGGUCCGACUGUGUUCAAGUGUCGAAGCGGGAAGUGCAUCAGCAUGACCAAGGUCUGCGACAAGCAGCAAGACUGUCAUGACGGUUCGGAUGAACCGGUCGGAUUGUGUGAUAUUAAUGAGUGUUUGGUUGGGAACGUUGGGUGCUCCCAUGAUUGUGUUGAUCAUAAACUCGGCUACACCUGCUCCUGCCCUGCUGGAUACACACUGAAGGACGACAAAAACUGUGAAGACAUCGACGAAUGUUUGCAACCAGACAUUUGCAGUCAGAUUUGUAUCAAUGAGCCGGGCAGCUACAGGUGUGAUUGUAAAGACGGCUACAAAAUGGACCCGGCCACCACGACGUGCAAAGCUGUGGCUGGCACUACGCCCGAACUUUACUUCGCCAACAGGCAUGAUGUGAGGAAGGUGACUGUAGAUCGCAGCGAUUACGUGCAUGUGAUGGAGGAUUUGAAGGAUGCAGUGGCUCUAGACAUAGAUAUCCCUAACAAGAUCAUCUUCUGGUCGGACCUUUUCUUCAAGAAAAUCUACAGCUCCAAGCUGGACAUGGCCGACCAAUCCUCUGCGCACACCGUGGUGAUAGGCGAUAAGGUGGAGGCCCCGGAAGGCCUCGCCGUUGACUGGAUUCAUGGCAACAUCUACUGGACGGACAGUUUUUUAAAAACCAUCUCUGUGGCGACGAUGGACGGCAGCAAGAGGAAGACACUGAUCGCUGACAAUCUUGACGAACCCCGAGCCAUAACAGUGGAUCCUAUGAACAAUUUCAUGUACUGGACAGACUGGGGUAAGGAGGCCAAGAUAGAAAAGAGCGGUUUGAACGGAGCUGACCGUGUCACCUUGGUAACUGAUAACAUUCUGUGGCCCAAUGGAAUUACACUUGACAUCGUCAACCAGCGUCUCUACUGGGUGGACUCCAAGUUACACACACUGUCAAGUGUGGAUGUCAACGGAGGGACUAGAAACACUGUGAUUUACAGUAAAGAAAAACUCGAACAUCCUCUCUCUCUGGCUGUGUUUGAGGAUGAAGUGUUUUGGACAGAUAUGGGCAAUAGGGCUGUUUUCGGUGCUGAUCGUAAGACAGGAGAGAACAUCAAGGAGUUGGCCAGUGACCUGGACCAUCCAGAGGAUAUCGUGGUUUACCACAACCUCAAGCAACCAAAUGGUACAAACUGGUGCACAGAGGGGAACAUUAAUGGAGGCUGCGAGUACCUGUGCCUUCCCGCUCCUGUCAUCAAUCAACAUUCUCCGAAAUAUACCUGCGCCUGCCCCGAUCACAUGAACAUGGCGUCCGACAUGAGGAAAUGUGUGGCCAAAGCCACUGAGACAAACAUGACGAGUUCGAUCCUGCCCUCUCAGGAGCCCAACCUGUCCGACAGACAGCAGCCUCUGGCUCCAUCCCCAGCCAGCACACAAGAUGCAGGCCACACUACUGCUGUCUAUGUCGCGAUUCCUCUUGCAGUCAUGAUCUUAUUGGUGUUUGGGUUAGUGUUGGUAUGGAGACAAUGGCGAAUGAAGAACACCAACACCAUGCACUUUGUCAACCCAGUGUAUCAGAAGACCACAGAGGAUGAGGUGCAAAUCUGCAAUAAUUCUGAAGGCUACGUUCAUCUUCAGGGGCAAAUGAUGAGUAUGGAGGACGAAGACAUUGCAUGA